AGUGAUAAAGAGAGAGAGACAGAAUGGCAGAGAUAUAUAAGUGUGUGUUGACAUGCUGACCAUAAAGUAGCGUUUCACGAUUUCUUGUCUCGCCAAACGUGUCUCCAGCGAUAGUCUCCUUCCUGUGGAUUCAUCUCCUUCCUUCUCUCUCAUGUCCUUCUCUCUUCUUCUUCUCUUGUGUCCUUUUCUUUCCCGUGUCCUUCCCUCUCUUUUCUAAGGACGCCAUUGGACCAGAGCACAUAUUUUGUCUCCAUGUUCUCUCGUCCUGCUGUGUUCCUCCUGCUCCGCUGGGCUCCGGGGUGGGGGGUGUGGUGGGUGGUGCUGUUGGGGCUCUUGCCCCAGGACCGGGCGGUGUACCUGGACACCCAGGCACCGCUGGUCAAGCACGGGGCUCCAGGCAGUCUGUUCGGCCUCUCCGUGGCGCUCCACCAGCAGACGCUCCACAGGACCCGAUCUCUGAUGUUGGUUGGUGCCCCGAAGGAGAAGGCGGAGCCUUAUGUGAGAGCCAAUCACACAGGAGGGGUGUACAGCUGUCCAAUCACUGCUGACCAAUCAGAUUGCUCAAGAAUCACCCUGCUUGGCUCAGAUACUGAGCUGGAUGAGGCUGAGGACCUGAUAGAGGACAUGUGGCUUGGUGUGUCAGUAGCCAGUCAGAAACAGCCAGCUGGACCAAUCCUAAUAUGUGGACACCGCUUUGUCAAACUUUAUGGGGCCUUUAAAUUAAGACAUAUGAUUGGCAAAUGUUAUCUCCGCGGCAACGAUCUCCAACAAUACCAUGACAGCAUGCACUGGCAGAACCCAAACCAAGUCUGCAGCCAUCGCGGCGACGUCUCUGGAGAGGUGAUGUGUAACAUGGGGAUAUCAGCUGACAUCAGUCAGACGGAAGUUCUGGUCGGAGCUCCAGGAAGCUAUGUGUGGCAAGGUAAUGUCCAUGUAUCCUGGGAGAAUCCAGAGAUUUUCUACAAUCCUGAACAAAGCUCCUUUCCAAACAUGGACAAACGGCACACCUACAUCGGAUACUCUGUGGCGCUUGCCACACAUUUACUGAGCAAAGAAGCUGUAACCAUCGUAACAGGGGCUCCUCGUGAUGAUUUCAGAGGGUCAGUGUUUCUGGCUGACAGGAGAAACCGCAUCCUGGUUGUCAACCAAUCGCUGCACGGGGAGCAGAUGGGAAGUUACUAUGGAAACGCUCUGGCUGUUACUGAUCUCAAUAAUGAUGGAUGGAGUGACCUCCUGGUGGGAGCUCCAUUUUAUUUCCAACCUGACCAGAAGCAGGGUGGAGCGGUGUACGUGUACAUGAACCAGGGGGGUUGGCUAAGGCUCCGGCGGGUCCUGCACGGCCCCUGGGGCUCAGCCUUCGGGAUGUCUCUGGCCAGUGCUGGAGACCUCAACCAGGAUGGCUACCAGGACUUUGCUGUCGGAGCACCUUUUUUUCAAACAGGAAGUGUUUAUAUCUGGACAGGAAGUUCCACCGGUAUCUCCCAAGAACCAAGCCAGGUGAUCCAGGGUAGUCAGGUGUCCCCAGGCUUCAGGACAUUUGGUUUCUCUCUGUCGGGAGGUUUGGACGUGGACCAAAACUUCUUCCCUGACCUGCUCGUCGGCUCCUUGGACGACACUGUUGCUUUAUUAAGGGCGCGGACGAUCGUUCAACUGAACCAAACUCUCACAGUGACUCCCGAAGUCCUUGACCCCGCCUCCUGGGAUGAGGGAUUACAGAUCAAGGUGUGUUUUUCCAUUGUAAGUCGAGGCAUCAUGAAAGUGAAAAAUAUCACACUUAAUUUCACUGUGAUUGCUGACAUCACACAGCACGAACCCCGCCUGCAUUUCCAUGAGAACGGACAUCAUGUAUACUCAGGGGUCCUGACCCUAGCAACGCAUCCUAGCUACCGCUGUCAGGACUAUACAAUGGGAGUAGUGAGGCCCAUCCAGGAGCAUGUGUCUCCGGUGGUCCUCAGCCUCAACGCCUCUUUAGUGGACCCUGGUCUCCUGCUGGAGAGCCCUCCGCACACCCACAGAAAGGUCCACAUCUUGAAGUCUUGCGGCUCAGAUCACCAUUGCCAAAGCAACCUCCAAAUGAGCGCUCAGUUCACCAAUCAGGAACUACUUCCUCUCCGAAAUCAUUCGGGUUUCCAGGUCUUCCGUUACAACAGCAGCAAUAGGAGGGUGUUUCUUGUUGUCAAGGUAACCAACUGCCCCUCUCCAAGGCAGUUAGCAGAGGAUGCUUACUUGACAACGCUUAACAUCAACAUCCCUCCGUCACUCAGAUACGCUGGAGUCCGUAGCAAGGGUGUAGUGUGUACUGAUGGAGGUGGGCUGCGGUGUGAACUAGGAGAUCCAUUCAUCAGCUCCCAGGAGACUGAGAUUGUGUUGCUGUUGGAGACACAAGACGAGUAUUUGGACAAAAGAGAAUCACACACACACCUGCAACUCACUACACUGAGUGACCAGACUCCAGUGUCCGUCUCUCUUGCUCUUCUGAUGGAGUUUAUACUGGAGACCAACUUCUUCCUAAGCAGCCAGCCUAUCAGCAGCCAGUUUGGUGGUCAUGUGACCGGGGAGUCGGCUGUGAGGAGGACCAGGGACAUCAGUAGCCCUCUGAUCUUCACCCUGCAGGUCGACGUCAUCGGCAAGCCACUCGGCCCCCUGGGACACCUACAGCUGGAGGUCAGUUGGCCGCUGGAGUCCAACGGUGGGAAAUGGCUGCUCUACCUGACGGAGAUCAACCUGGACGGAAGCCCGGAACACCACUGUGCCACGCCCAGAAACAUUGUCAACCCCCUCAACCUCACAAGCGAGGGAGUGAGGAAGAGGAGUGUUGAUCAUGAAAGAGAAGAAAAUUUGAACCCGACGAAGAAAUCCUACACACUGGAUUGUGAGGACGGUAGUGCUCGCUGUGUGGUCUUCACCUGUCGUCUCCCCAACAUGAAGACGACUUCCUCUCUCAGCCUCACAGCCAACAUCUGGAGCACUACACUACUGGAGGACUACAGUGAUGCACAGAGUGUAAAGGUCAAAGGUCGGGCAACUUUGAAGCUUCAGACAGAAGAACCAUCAGCCAUCAGGAUGAGCCCCCAGACGCUGCAGCUGUGUGUUCUUCUCCUCCCAGAGGUGGGUGGGGGGAGAGGCGGCCCUCCCUUGUGGAUCUUCAUCUGCUCCAUCCUGACUGGACUCUUCCUGCUGUCAAUAAUUUGUCUGGUGCUGAGGAGGUGGGGUUUCUUCAUGCCGAAGGCAGAACCGUGGAGGGGUGUAUCCCUCCACCAGGGGAGGCUGAGGAUGACGGAGGUGGGGGAGGAUUAAACUAUAGUGACAACCCGGUAACCAGAACAGCCGGUCACCUGACCAACUAAAAAACCCGGUCACCCGACCACCCGGUCACCUGACCAACUGACCACCCGGUCACCUGACCCACUGACCACCUACUACUUUGUGUUUCAAUAGUAUGGUCACGUGUGUGUUUUGGAGUUUGUUUGUAGGGUUGGGCUUUGUGUGUUGUGUUUAGUGUUGUGCUGCAAAUGUUACUGUGCGUGUGUGUUUAGAAUUGUGCUGUUUGUGUGUCAUUAUGUGUGUGUGUAUGUGUGUGUGUGUGUGUGUGUGUGUGUGUAGUGUGGUGCUGUGUGUGUAGAGACCAAAUAAAUGUUAGACAAAUGUUUCCCCAACCACUUGAACCCAAGCCCUCCUUCGUCAAUAUGUUUUCCCUUACGUUCAUUUGAUUCCCUAUUAUUUUCGUUGUGAUUUGCAUUUCAGGGUAAAAAAAAUCCCUAAAUUUUACUCCUUGUCUUUUUAUGUGCCUGCACUGUCUGUGCAGAGUCCUGCAGUUACAACCCAGUCUCACGCGUUUGUGCUCAAGGUCACGAAAAACGAUCUAUUGAAUCGUGUCCCCCAUCGAUUGUCGACUUUCGUGCUACACAGAACGACAUUUAAAGGGGACAUAUUAUGCCACCAGGUGUGAGUAGGAUUAGCCUUGCAAGCCGUUUCGAAAAUCUGCCCCAUAUGACAUCAUUACUGGGCGU